CGUUUAGAUGCGGCGAUACUAAACUAGAAAAAAAGUUGAAAGUGUUAAAGCGGCAUUGUUGAAGCGUCGUUUGAGCGCCUACUGUAGCGAUGGACUCUACUCAGAACACACUCUCUCUCGGAAAGGUAAACGGCGACCUCAAAUCGUCGUUGAGCUACGAUCGUGUCGGUGCAGCAGCGCCUCGCGAUUCCUCUAUUGUUUUGGCCACAAGACCUCCCAGACAAGCGGUGUCUUACUGGACAUGUUCAAAGCUUUGUGCGAUUUGUUUUGUUGCUGGAGUGGUUUUUGGUUACACGCUGAGGGGACGUGUGAAGCGUUGGGCCUCCAAUAUUCUCAAGAAGCUCAGCUGAAAGAUUAUUCAACGAUGGGACUUUUUUCUUUCUCAUUGCUUCUUCGCGUAUGAAAGAAUCUAAUUACAGGUACUGUUUUGGUUUGGUUAAUGGUUAGAGUUCAAGUUUCAUAGAAGUCUGGUUGGAACAAAAUCAAUUUUGCAUCAUUCUUAUAUGCCCAGUCAUUGUGCUUAAUGCAGAUUUUGGGAUGAGUUUCAAGGUCACAGUUACAUACACUACGUAAUUGUUAUUUUAAAGUUCUAUAUUCUGGAGAUAUAUUUCUUCAUAGCCCUUCUGGCAUUUUUCCUUAUCCGAAGAUCUCAAACUCGUCUUAACAUCAGAAAAAUGAAAAAUGAAAAAUGAAAAGGAUGCACCUGAGGCAUCGCGUUCCUGAAU